AUGGUCUUCAACUUCGACACAGUAAACCUAGGCCAGACACCAGGUAAUUGGUUUCUACCCAUUCCGUUCGACAACAACAACUUCGAGCGUUGCUUGACCAAGUGGCAGAAACUUCCAGAGACAACAGGGGCUUGGACAACCGUCUUCCUCGAGAAUCACCACCAAGGUAGAUCGGUGUCUCGUUUCGAAUCAGAUCUACCAGAGUUCAGAGAACGAGUCGCCAAAAUGCUGGCAACACUUCUUGCAACUAUGACAGGGACACUGUUUCUGUAUCAAGGCCAGGAGAUUGGCAUGAUCAACGGACCCGAGUCCUGGUCAGCAAAUGAAUACAAGUUCACCAAUAGUGGUGCAGUACCGUGGAUGACUGUUCUUGAUAACUAUCGCGAGAUAAAUGUCUCUACUCGACUUGGAAACAAAAACACUGUUCUCGAGCAUUGGCGAGAAAUACUGAAGCUUCGAAGGAAAUAUUCGUCACUCUUUGUAUAUGGAACAUUUACUCCUGUGAAUGACCAUCAGGAUUUACUGGCUUUCAUAAAAACAGACCCGAAGACUGGUGCUAUGGCAAUGACGGUUGCAAACCUGUCUCAAUCGGAAGUUGCUCUUCCGAAAGUUGAGGGAGGUCCACUUGGGUCGAUGCAGCCUUUAAUGACCAACUACGCUGGCGCUGUUGCAAAGUCGGUACUUGGACCUUACGAAGCGAGGGUUUACCUGAUGGCUUGA